CAGCAUCCUGAAUCCUGCAUCCUGCACCUAGUACUAAUGAUGUAUCUGAAGACAUAACGUUUCGAAAUGCCCCCGCAAAUGUAGGCUCUCUGGAAUCUGACCCGGACUGCGACUUCCCUCGCCCUUCUUUCGUUCUCGCCAGGCCACAUAGACACCCUUCCAUGGAAGUCGUAUGGAAGGAGGUGUCGUCGACCGACCCUCCAGUCGACUUGAAGGCAUCUCGAGUGUCGUCAAUUAUUGCCUGCAACACCGUUCUUCUCGUGAUUGCGACCGCAGGGCUUUCAGUCCGUCUGUUCGUCCGACUUCGCUACCUCUCAGGGCUAAACUUUGAUGAUCUGUUAUGUGUGACCAGCUGGGUCUUCACUUUUGUUCUGUGCUUUGUGUGUAUCUGGAUGACCCGCUAUGGCUACGGAAAGCACAUUGCGACGAUAAAUAACUUGGAGAAGCUUGAGAUGUUUCUUAAGCUUGACUUUGUCAGCAUGAUUGCGUAUCUUCUCGCCCUCGGCACCGUCAAGGUCUCAUUCUGCCUCCUUUACCUGCAGAUCUUCCCCGGAAAGGCGUUUCGAAUCGCUUGCUGGAGCCUCGUGGGCCUCCUUGUCGCUGAAACGAUCGAGGAAACAUUUGUCGUGAUCUUCCAAUGCUCACCUAUUCACAAGGCAUGGGAUGCUAGCGGCAACGUCAAAGGCCAAUGUCUAUCUCUGACGGCCUUCUACUACAUCUCCUUCGGAAUCCGCUUGGCUACUGAUCUAGCGCUCUUCGCUCUCCCUCUUCCCAAAGUGAUGCAAUUGAAUAUGACAUUAGGCAAACGAGCCGGACUGGUGAUAAUGUUUGGAUUGGGUGUGCUGGUGUCUGUGACGAGUAUAAUUCGAGCGACGUAUAUAAGCAAUUUCUCUGAGGACCACACCUGGACACUUGUCAACACUCUCAAUUGGUCUAGUGUCGAAGUGGCUGUGGCCAUCUUCAUCGCCUGCAUCCCUUCUUUUAAAUCGCUCAUUAGCUUCCGAUUUCCUGCUUUACAACGGCUACUCGGGCUUUCCAGCAAGGGCGACUCGACCGGUCGGUCGAAGAUGUAUGGGACAUCGACGCGUCGGACCAAUAAUGGGCGAUCCAUCAUUGGACACCAGAGUAUCAAGCUGAAUACUAUGACGGGGCAGAGCCGGGCCGAUGUUGAAGCUAGUCGCAAUGGCUCAGAGGAGCGGAUUAUUGGGGCCCAUGAAGGCAUUCAAGUCACCACGGAUGUGAGUGUAAAUGAAAGUGAUUGAUAUGUG